UCCCCUGCGCACCCGGCUCCGGUACCCGGCCUCGCAGCGGCAGCGGCGGCGGCGGCGGCGGCGUCUGCUCCGGGCGGCAGCGGCGGCGGCGAGAGCGGCCAUGGAGGCGGGCGCCGGGGCUGGCGCGGGCGCCUCGGGCUGGAGCUGCCCGGGCCCAGGACCCACAGUGACCACUUUAGGCUCCUACGAGGUGUCUGAGGGUUGCGAGAGGAAGAAGGGCCAACGCUGGGGGUCGUUGGAACGGCGGGGGAUGCAAGCUAUGGAGGGGGAAGUGUUACUCCCAGCUCUCUAUGAGGAGGAAGAGGAGGAGGAGGAAGAGGAGGAAGAAGAGAUGGAAGAAGAGGAUGAUCCAGGGCAGAAAGGUGGCAACGCGGGCUCCCUGUCAGUCAGCAAGCACCGAGGCCUGAGCCUCACGGAGACGGAGCUGGAGGAGCUGAGGGCUCAGGUGCUGCGGCUGGUGGCAGAACUGGAGGAGACCCGGGAGCUGGCAGGGCAGCAUGAGGAUGACUCGCUGGAGCUGCAGGGGCUCCUGGAGGACGAGCGGCUGGCCAGUGCCCAGCAGGCAGAGGUGUUCACUAAGCAGAUCCAGCAACUCCAAGGUGAGCUGCGGUCCCUGCGGGAGGAGAUUUCCCUGUUAGAGCGUGAAAAAGAAUGUGAACUUAAGGAAAUAGAACAGGAGUUGCAUUUAGCCCGGGCUGAGAUCCAGACUCUGCGGCAAGCAGCGGAGGACUCCGCGACCGAACACGACAGUGACAUAGCCUCCCUGCAGGAGGACAUCUGCCGGAUGCAGAAUGAACUCGAGGACAUGGACCGAAUCCGAGGAGAAUAUGAGAUGGAGAUCACCUCCCUCCGUGCAGAAAUAGACAUGAAGAACUCUGACCCUUCCAAUAGUUUCAGUCUCUCAGAUUUCUCUGAGAUGCAAGAAGAGUUGCAGCAACUGCGGGAACGCUACCACUUCCUGAACGAGGAGUACCGGGCCCUGCAGGAGAGCAACAGCAGCCUCACAGGGCAGCUUGCGGAUCUGGAGAGUGAGAGAACACGAAGAGCAACAGAAAGGUGGCUGGAGUCCGAAACGCUACGGACCAUGAAGUCAGCAGAGUCUCAGACCUCAGAAGAGGAUUUCCUGGAGCCCGAUCCUGGAAUGCAUUUGUUGCGGCAGCAGCUGCUGGGAGCCAAGGAGCAGAUGCUUGACAUGCAGAGCAAGUGUAAGAAAUUGACUUGUGAGUUGCAAGAGCUACAUCACCAUCGCCGGACCAGCGAGGAGGAGCAGAGGCGGCUGCAGAGGGAGCUCAAGUGUGCACAGAAUGAGGUGCUUCGGUUUCAGACGUCCCAUAGCGUCACCCAGAACGAGGAGCUGAAGACCAGACUCUGUGCCCUGCAGCAGAAGUACGAUGCUAGCCAGGAUGAGCAGAGUGAGCUCUUGAAGGUGCAGCUACAACUUCAGUCUGAGCUCCGGCAGCUCAAAAUCAUGAAAAGCACAGUAGAAAGCCAGAGUGAGAAGGAGCUACAGUGCCAGCUACAGAAGCUGCAACUGCAGUGCCAGAGCAUCUCAUGUGAGAAGGACAAGCUGCUAGACGUGCAGCAGCACCUGCGGGACACUCUGCGCUGCCACGAGGCCGAGGUGCAGCACCUCAGGGGUGUUGUGGCCACCUACCAGGAGAGCAGCGAGAAGAGUGCAGAGGUCCACGCCCAGCUGCAGGAGACGAAGCGGCUGUACCAGUGCAGCCAGGAAACUCUGGACCGGCAGAAGCACAUGUAUGACCAGCUGGAGCAGGACUUCCUGCUCUGCCAGCAGGAGCUGCAGCAGCUCAGGAGCACCCAGUCCAUCCUAGAGGACAAGGGGAAGUGUGCUAAUAAGUGUGAUGCGCUGCUCUUCAGACUGACAGAAUUGCAGGAGAGUUACAAGGCCAGCCAGAAGGAGAUGGCGCAGCUGCAGAUGGAGCAGUGCGAGCUCCUGGAGGAGCAGAGGAGGAUGCAGGAGGAGCAGGGCCAGCUACAAGAAGAGCUGCACAGGCUCACGUUCCCACUCCCCAAGUCUGGUCUCUUCCAUAAGAGUCAGGAGCUCCUCACAAAGUUACAGGACCUGUGUGAAGUGCAGAUGCUCUACCAAGGCAUGCAGGAGGAGCAGAAGAAACUGAUACAGAACCAAGAGAACAUAGUAAAAGAACAGUUAGAACUGCAAGGAGCGCUGCAUCGUUUCAAGGAGUCCAGCUUCCGGGAAGUGUUGGAGAAUCCCGAGGAUCCCAAAUGGCCUAAGUCCUCAAAGUGUGGUCACAACAAGUCCAAGAUGAUCAUCGCCCAGAUGCAGGCCCUGCAGGAGCUGUACGAGGCCAGUAAGACUGAGCAGGAGCUGCUGCAGCAGGAGCAGGAGCGGCUUCUGGAGGAGCGGAAGAGGCUGCAGGCCGACCUGCAGCUCUGUCUAGAAGAAAUGCAGCUGCUCCAAGACCAGUCCCCUUCAAUCAAGAUGAGCCUGGACUCCUACAGGAAGAGUUAUGCCAGCACGACCACCAGCAACGAGAACUGCCACAAGAGCUGCGACAUCAAUGACGAUGAGGGCUACCAGAAGAGCUACAGCAGCAGCCAGGCCAGCGAAGAGAGCCUCCUCAAGAGCUACCAGAGCAGCACCAGUGCCAGCGAGUCUUAUCAGCAGAGUUACCUCAGCAGCAGCAGCAGCAUCUCCGACACCUAUAAGAGGAGCUACAGCAGCAGCAGCUCCAACACCUGUCACAAGAGUUACGUCAGCAGCAGCAUGGACGACGAGCUGGCUGAGCCUGGAGUUGUGGAGCACCUUGAGGACGUGGUCGCCAAGGUGCUGAUCAAGCUGCAGAGUGUGCAGGCCAUGUACCAGCUCAGCCAGGAGGAGCACGAGUUGCUGCAGCAGCGAAUGAAGAAGCUGCUGGAUGAGCAGAAGGAGCUCAAGGAGGAGCUGGAUGCCUGCGAGAAGGAAUUCAAGGAGUGCAUGGAAGGCCUCGAGAAGCCCAUCGCCUCCCCAAGCGACAAGGACAAGACUGAGAUCAAAGAACUGCAGGCCAAGCUGCGGGAGCUGCAGCUGCAGUACCAGGCCAGCAUGGAUGAGCAGGGGCGGCUCCUGGCCGUGCAAGAGCAGCUGGAGGGGCAGCUACAGUGCUGCCAGGAAGAGCUCCGCCAGCUCAAAGAGAAGAAGGCCUCUGUUACCAAGGAAACCAGGAGCAAGAACGGCAACAAGAACAUGAACAAGAAUGCCAAUGGGGUGAAAAAUAAAAAGGUGGCCAAGCAAAACCUAGAGAGUACUGAGAGCGGCCUUGAGACCACGAAGAGUCUGGAGGUGGUGCUGUACUAUAAAGCCAGCCACACAUCCUUGGAUGGUAUAACAAAGGAGAAGAAAGAGGAAACAGAAGAGGAAAAGAAGAAGGAAGCCAAGGAGGAAACAAAGGAGGAGUCCCAGGACGGAAUGGUUUCUGAGCCAUCAGGUCCUAAAGAGGUUAAGUUCAAAGACAAUGAGGAGGAGAAAGACGAAGAGUUCCCCAGCCAGGAGGCUAAGGACGAAGACGACCAGGAGGAGGAGGAGGAUGAAGAAGCUUCAGAGGAAAGCAACCCCCUCACACUUUCUGAGAGCAAAAAGAACAUGUUUGGGAUGUGGAAGCCUGUGGUGUUCUUGGCUCUUGCAGCUGUGGCUCUGUAUGUGUUACCCAACAUGCGACCGCAAGAGACAGAGUUCUGCCUCAUGGAGUGAUGGCAGGCCUGGGCCAGCCGAGGGGGCAGACUACCAGUGGCCACUACCCUCAUCUUUGGGCAGGACAUACUGUGCCAGCAACCCCACCCCACCCAUAUGUUCCCCGUGUCCCCAUCUCCUUAGCCUCCGCGAUUCAGGCUUACAGGGAACUGCUGGCUCCCAUCUCCUGCCCUGUCUAAGAACCUGGGUUCCUUGUAAUUAAAUGUCAACUGAAUUACGA